AUGUUUGUCAGCAUAGUUCUUUUUGAUGGAAAAGACUUUAAAUCUAAGCGAAAGCCAUCAAAGAAAGAAGCAGAACAAAAUGCAGCGGAGGAGGCACUAAAGUUUCUAGGAAAUGAAGAAGUGGAGGUUUCCAGUGAGACGAAUGAGUCCCAAUUAGCUGAGCAUCAGGUCAUGGAUAAUACGUGGACUCAACAAAGGGACAAAAACUACAAAAACAUGCUACAAGAAAAAGCACAGAAGCAGAAGAUACCAUACCCUAUAUACUUCUACAAACAGACAGACACUGGGUUUUUGUCUGAAGUCAUGUAUGAUGGUAGAACGUACUCGCCAGAUAUGAGUCCACAGAAUAAGAAGAUUGAUGCUGAACAGAAAGCUGCCCAGUUUGUGUUGGCUUACUUGGACAGGUAUUUUAUAUAAAAUACACACAUUUUAUAGUCUUAUAUACUGAAAUGCAUUAAUUAUUCAGGUUUGAACACUAAGAUCAAAUUUUGUUUGGCUAAUUAAGUUUGGCUAAUUUAAUUUAAAUGUGGAAAGAAUAUUAACUGAACAUAUUUAAAUUAUGAAGAUCGAGUUUUAAAAUAUGAUGUCAAAGAUAUUUUGCUAUCUAAUUUUUUACAUCUGUGCUGGUGCAAGUGGCUAAAAUGCUCUUAUAGUGGCUUCAGUUAACUUUUAACUUGCACGUAUACAUGUAUAGCCAAUCAGAGACUAUACUAUUACUAAAUGAAGGACCUAAAAGUAUGUACAUAAAAAGCAUAAAAUAUGGCGUUGUGAUGCAAGGAGUGAAUUCGUUAAAAAACCAAAAUUGAACCCAUUAAGUUGCAAUGCGCCCAAAUUCACACAUCUUUAUUAUUUACUCUUUCUAACGCAAGAUGAUUUUACUCGUCAAGGGAGAGUCUUGUGCAUUAACCAAUACACCCUUUCGAUAAUUACGUAUUACGUCACACAUACUUUUUGGUCUUGGAGCCUCGCUCUCAUUAGUAAAUUACGCAAGGUGAUUGGCUAACGAUUCAUCCCAGGCCAAAUGACGUAAUUAUCGAAAGGGUGUAUUAAGCUACCUACCAAAUGUCUUGUUAACCCAUUAAGCUGCAAUGCACCCAAAUGCGUGCACCUAUUUUAUUAUUUCACUCUGUCUAAUGCCAGAUGUCGUUUUACUGAUCAUCAAGGAGAGAGUCUUGCAUAUUAAUUGUUAUGCAGCUAGUCCUUGAACUAAACUUAAUUGUCUAAUUUCUGGUCACGUGGAUUUAGAUAAAUUGUGUCAACAAAAAACUUGUUGCCCGUUCUGGUUGGCUGCACAUACAUGAAUAUAUGCUCAAAAUGGAGUCAAAGGACGUUUUUGCCGUUACGAAAAGAACACAGAGCUGCUGAAAACCAUCGUUAGCAGGUUCUUUUAAGCCGGUUACAGACGAUCAAGUUUUCUAUGACAAGUUUUUAUGUGACAAGUUUUAUUUGCUCAUCUGUUCGCGCAACUUUGACAAUUUUUUCUAUGACAAGUGCACUUGUUCAAAAGCGAGCAUGCUAGCUUUUGAACAAGUGCACUUGUCACAGUAAAAAUUGGCAAAGUACAAAUUUUGCUCGUCUGUAUGGGUCAACAAAGAAAACUUGUCAAAGUAAUCCGAGCACUUGCAUGCAGUUGGUCAGCGAUCUAUUGAAGCCCCCCCCCCCGCCCACGUUGCUACGGCCCUGAGAAGUAAUACAUCGAAAACCAUUUACCGAUUUACGAUUUGUUAAACACUGUUAUCCAUGUAAAUGCCAUAUUUCGUAAAUCAGUUUAUACUGACAAUAUAAUUUUAUAAUAUUUUCUCAGUAUAACAACUAAAAUUUUGUUCUACUAUUAUUGCCGCAAUUUUCCGAAUAGCCAACCAGAUUCUCCGAAUAUGUUGAUUCUAAAAAAGUUGGGGGUUAACCCCCCCCCCCCCCCCCAAUACCCCUUCGCUACGGCCCUGCAUCAAGGGGAAAGUCUGCACAUUAAUAGGUUAACAUAACUUUCAGCCAACGUGCAACGUGCUUUGUUAAUCCAUUAGCGUUACGGUAUCUGCCAAGUCACACGCAUCACGCAUUUCUGCCGCUUAUAAGCCUGCCGCACCGCGAGGCGGUUAACUCAGCAAGUUUCUCUCGUGUACGGAUAGUUUUCGUGAGGAUUUGACCUCUCCGAAAUAUCUAUCGUGUUUGAUAUUUUUCACCUCGCGAGGAAAAAAUCUCAACGUCUGCGGAUGUUGUGAGCUUAGUGCUGAGCUGAUUGAAUCAAUUAGCGAAUCAGAAACCAUACAGUUUGUUCGUGUGACUUUGAACAAAAUGGAGGAACUAAUGCAAACUAUUUUGUCAAUUAUGUUGUUGUUGAGUAGUUUUCUCAACGUGUGCGGUGAAAAUGCAUAGCUAAGCUAGCUUGCCACGCGAGGCGGUUAGCUCAGCAAGUUGCUCUUGUGUGCGAUCAAUUGCCUCGUUUCCAUGCUCGCCAUAGCAGGCGCACAUAAAGGUUAUAUAUAUCCCCAUGUUUUGUGCACGAAUAUGAUUCUCCUUAAUCUUGAUCCCAAUUGCAAAACUACCUUAAUUAAAUAUAUUGUGCAUAAAACAUACAGAAUACAGUAACUACAUGAAAACGAGACCAUUAAGACAAGAGAGCAAAAAAAGCAUUAUAUAGUCUAUAUAAUAAUCAGUAAAUCUCGCGUUCAUAAGACAGUGUGAUUUUGCUGUCAAUACCUCAAUCGACUCCGUAUAAGUUGACCCUAUUUGUUACUGCAUAAACACCAUCUUACUAUACAGCUCCUAUAUAAUAACUAAUGGUAGCGUAAUCCUGGAUGUAAAAUUUCAAAGCAAACUUCCCGAUAGGUCAGUUGAAAACUAGGAAAUAUCUUUUAAAAGAUAUCUAGUCUUCAUCAAUAGACGUUUGCUUGUGGAAUGAUGUCGUUUUGUAUAUUCUAUUUGUAUUAUACCUUGUGCCUUCUGUAAGCCGUUGAAUUUUUGUUAAGCAUUGCUUGAGUUCGAAUCUUCAAGGAUCUGGAAGAGGGAAGAGGACGCGGGAAAUACAAUCUGGAAUAAGGUUUCUUUCUAUUUUACAGCGAAGAAAGGUCUGUGCUUACUUCUGGCAACGCUUGUCCUCCACAGCCAGAUAAUGCAAGCGAUGAAGAAGGAAGAAAAGUAAGUCCCACGAAAAAUGCGUCAAAGCAAUUCAGAGUGAUCCUGAACGAACAUGUGCAGAAGAUCACGAAGGGCCAGCUGCCUGAUUUAUAUAAAACAGAGAAAAAUUCAGAUGGAAAGUUUGUUUGUACUGCGACAGUAUUUGGCGAAGUAUACAAAAGUCCGUCAGGAAUGAACAGCAUAUCAGAUGCGAAAGAAUCAGCAGCAAGCGAAGCAUGCAAGGUUCUUCAGUUGGCAGAAACUGUAUCUGGGAAUUCACCAAGGUAAAAGAAAAAUAUGUCUGGUAAAGGCGAUUAUAUCAUUAAUUCUUGAAUGUCCGAAACUUAUUCAUCUUUAACGAGAAAUAAUCUAACAUAAUGCAUAAGAACAUAACCGGAAGUAUAUAACUGGAAGUUAAAGGGAUUCUGUCAAUCUGAUUUCAUACUAAAAUUUCGAUUAGUGCUCUGACUAUGUUUUAAGCUGUGGCCGAAAUGUCAUUUCACUUUACCCAGCCCCCUGGAGUUCUGGGGAAAGGCGCGUGUGUAAGCCCCCCCCCCCCCAAACUGUUUACACUCUACAUGUUUAUAUCUGUCUCGCUUGAAUUCGUCCUUUAACCGCUAUAGUUGCAAAGUGAAAUUCUUAUCUUAACAGGCCAAGUGGCAUAAUAGCAUAUUAUAAUAAUUAUGGUAAUGUUGAGCGCGUUUUACGUAACAUAAAAAUUGCCUCUUAAUCCUACCACAGUUCUCACAGAAGCAUGGCGAACCCGCGGUGUACUUUCUUUUGGUGAUCAACUUUAAAAAUAAAGCCUUCAAUCUUGCGCUUGGAGGAAAAUGUUUCCAAUUGAUGAGGUAAAUGAUGAGACUCAUGGGAGGUUUCCCAGUGCAGACUACUUUAUCCUGGAUUUACAAAACAUUCCAAAGCAAACUAGCUUCUCCAUCUAUAGGUUAGUUGAAAACUAGGAAAUACUUUUUAAAAGAAAUCUGUAGUCUGGAUCAAUAGACGCUUGUUGUGAAAUGAUGUCGUUUUGUAUAUUGCGGGGAGGGGGCGCGUGAAGCAUGCACAAACUGCAAUAUGGUGAAAAUCUUUCUAUUUUUACAGAGAAGAAGAAAGGUAUGAGCUUAUUUCUGGUAACGCUUCUCCUCCACAGCCAGAUAAUGCAAGCGAUGAAGAAGGAAGAAAAGUAAGUCCCACGAAAAAUGCGUCACAGCAAUUCAGAGUGAUCCUGAAUGAACAUGUGCAGAAGAUCACGAAGGGCCAGCUGCCUGAUUUAUAUAAAACAGAGAAAAAUUCAGAUGGAAAGUUUGUUUGCACUGCGACAGUAUUUGGCGAAGUCUACAAAAGUCCGUCAGGAAUGAACAGCAUAUCAGAUGCGAAAGAAUCAGCAGCUAGCGAAGCAUGCAAGGUUCUUCAGUUGGCAGACGCUGUAUCUGGGAAUUCACCAAGGUAA